AUGGCACCUUACCAAGACUCUGCCCAUACCGCUGGAGAUGAGUCGUCUCCCAGACCUUCGUCUGUAUCGUUCACAGAUGAAGUGCAUCACGGCAGAAUCAUAUCAAACCAGCAGCCCGACAACUUCCAGAACGAUGCUUCGAUAAGUGACUAUACUAUUGUUCCCUCAGAGGAGGAGUCCCGAGAUGAAAUCAACGGGCUUUCAUCAGCUAGUCCCAAGGGCAUCGAUGAGGGGGAUCUCAAUCGAGCUGAGAAGAACGGCCUACUUCAUCAGCCCCUCGGCAGAGUGUCAACCUUGAAACAAUGGAACCUCGAGUUUACGGCACUCUUGACUUCUGUUUUCGCCUUUGUUGUUAUGGUCAUUCUCUUAGUGUUCAGCAAUGGGAAACCGCAGCCGGCUUGGGCAUACAGUGUAAGUAUUAACACACUUGUUGCCAUAUUGACCACGCUCCUGAGAGCCGCGAUGCUGUUCGUUUUGUCGCAAGUCAUUGGACAAGCUAAGUGGUUAUGGAUGGCGGCGCCGCGUCCCCUGCGGCAUGUCGAACAUUUUGACAAUGCUGGCAAAGGUGCUUGGGGAUCGUUGAAGUUCCUAGUAACCAUCCCCAAGCCGAACACAACACUACUUGGAGCUCUAGUUGUGAUCGCCUCAUACGCCACUGGCCCUCUCUCUCAGCAAGCUGUCAAAACAUAUUCCUGCGAGGUCUCAUCCGAGUGCACUGCUCGUAUAUCAAUAGCCGAGCGGGUUGCGAGGCAUGAUUCUAUGAUCAGUGGAGCAGAUACCAACGCGAAGAUGAGUACCGCCAUUAUCAACGGCUUACUCGGUAUACCUCCCGACAGCUCUCAGCUAUUCGAGUGCGAGUCGGGUAACUGUGUGUUCCAAAACGUUUCGGGAGUCACGCACUCGUCCGUCGGGGUUUGCAGCAAGUGUACCGACGUGAAGUCCGACUUGUUAGAGUUUGAAGACUCAAAGACAAAAUUGUUCGGCCGAUAUCGUAACAUUUAUCGCUUCCACAAGGAUUCGAAUUUCUCCAUCAACACUGGCGUUGAACCGGAAUUGUUCAAUGCAACAACAGUCAUUGAUCACACCCAUGAAAACCCUAUCGUCACGUCCUUCCUAACGCUCUCGGUGGCAGGUUGCGUUGCGCAGCGUAACCCAGAUGCCCCGGCCGAUCGAUACUGCAAGCAUGACUAUAAGAAUAUGCCGAGACUCAGCUCUGACCUUGAUAUUGUGGCUGCCAACUGCAGUCUCUAUCCUUGUCUCCGUCAUUACAAUGGAAAUGUCACGAAUGGUACCCUAAAUGAGCAAUUAAUAUCGACGGAGCCAUUGUCUAAAACGUCGAGCGGCAUUAGUUACGCUUCAGUGAUCCAGCCUUGCAUUAUUGACAACAAAUCGUACGGCGUGUCCAACAUUACAGACGCCCCUAGACAUGGCCUACCUUGGACCUCGUGGAUCUCAGAUGGAGUUACAAAGGAGGCUCCGCCUCAGUGUGUCAGAGCCAUGGACUACCGCGAGUUCCAUGGUAUUAGAUUAUUCUUCGAGGACAAACUGAGAGGACAUUGCAAACUCUACGACGUCACCGAAAAUGGACCAACAUCUCCUGAAGCCGUCAAUGGAAUCGGAAACUCCAGUCAGCUACAAUGCGAAACAGGUUGGUGGCUUGACGCUCUCUACAGUGGAGGGAUGGCCACAUUUGACAGCCUUGCGGCUGCUCACGACAACAUGUCUAUCGCCAUUACGAAUCGAAUGCGUUUGAGGGAUGGUGGCUACUUUACCCUGCAGCUCUUCUGGCCUUGA